CGCACCGACCGUGCCCGCCGCCGCAUCUCCCCGUCGCGACUGAACCCCCGAUCCCCGAUUCCCGACUCCGACCGAUCGCGAAACGGGAGCUCCAUUCUUGUGUGUGUGUGUGCGGUUUCCCCGAGAGGACUUACACAUCGCCAAAGCCCAGCUGUUACAAGCUGUUGUAACCAUUACAACAACGACCACCACCACCACCAUGUCGUCCUCUCGUCAAUUCCUCUCCUCUGCGCUCAGGCAGUGCCGCGCUGCCGGCCAGAGGACCGCCCAGUUCUCGACCACCUCGCCGGCCGCUGCCAUCCGCGACAUCCCCACCACUUCCUUCCAAAAUGCCCCGCGCACCAACACCAACACCUCGUCGCCGUCGAGCAACAACAACAACAACAACGCCGGCUCGAACCAGUACAAGUCGGACAUGUUCAACCUCCUAAACAGCGGCGCCGGCAGCCGGGGAGGAAGAGACAGCUACAACAACGGACGCGACGUCGACGGAGGACAGCGCUAUGGCAACAACAGCCAGAAGGUGCAGGAGCUGCUCCAGUCCGAGGUGACCUCCAACAACUACAUGCGCAUGAUGAAGCGCCGGUGGAACAACGGCGAUGUGUAUGCGCCGCGCGACCUGUCACCGUACGAGAUGAAGGGCAGGAACGGGGGAUGGGUGGAGGCGGCGGAUGUGGUUGAUGAGCUUGGGUUUAGUCCGUUGGAUAACUAUCGUAACUUCUCCCUCAUCUCCGACUACAUCACCCCCUUUGGGCGGAUAAGGCACUCCAAGGAAACCGGCCUGAAACCCGUCAACCAGCGCAAGAUCGCCAAGAUGGUGCGGCGCGCCAUCGGCCUCGGUAUCCACCCCUCUGUGCACAAGCACCCCGAAAUCCUCAAGAACAGCAACGGCAGGCACUUGUUGCCGCUUGUUGUGCCCAAGGGCCAGAAGGCGAACAAGACCAAGAACUUUGAUGGAGAGGAUGAGAACUAGAAUGGUCUGGAAGGUCUGGGAUUGGGCGGAUGAGGGGGGGAAAUUAUGGGGGAAAUUUGCAUGACUGGGCGGUUACGGGCGUGAGGUCGCUGUCUGGCUAGCAAGCAUGGCUAGUAGCACGGUAUGGGCUGGAUGGAUCGUUGAUCGGUGGACUCUAUUACGGUUAUCAUAGAGUUGGUGUAUUAUUACUGUAUACACGGCACAUAAAAGGGUAUUUUACAAAGUUUGGGCUUA